GGAGGGGCGGUGGGCUUCGUUUGUCGGCUGUUUGUUAUACCUCUGCUGGGGGUUUACGGAGAAUCUUCAGGUGCCGGCUCAAGCUAAAGUUUCAGAAUGACAGAAGAAUCUGCUGCUCCUUCUACUUCUGUGGACAAAAUUGACAGUAUGGAUGUGGAUGGAGAAGCUAAGAAGCUGUUGGGCUUGGGGCAGAAAAACCUGGUAAUGGGCGAUAUUCCAGCAGCUGUUAAUGCAUUUCAAGAAGCAGCCAGCAUGUUGGGUAAGAAAUAUGGUGAAACAGCAAAUGAGUGUGCAGAAGCUUUCUUUUUUUAUGGGAAAUCUCUUCUAGAGUUGGCAAGAAUGGAAAAUGGUGUGCUAGGAAAUGCCUUGGAAGGAGUGCAAGUUGAAGAGGAAGAAGAAAAGGCAGAAGACUCAGUGGCAGAAAGUGCUGAUAAUAUAGAUGAAGAAGCAAGGGAGGAAUUAAGAGAGCAGGUAUAUAAUGCCAUGGGGGAAAAGGAUGAAUCCAGAAAAACUGCUGAAGAGCCUCUGGUAUUGACGGAAGCUGAGAUGCAACUGAAAAGCAAGGAUGUGGAAAUGGAAGAAGUUAAGGAAGAAAAAGUACACAAGGAACCUAUGGAUAUAGAACAGAAAACUUACAAAGAGAGAGAGGAGGAGGAGGUUAAUCCACAAAAUCAGGUGGAAGCAGCUGAAAGAGAAAAGCAAGAGGCCAGUGAAAUAGUUACUGAGGUAGCAAAAGAAGACUGUACUGCCAUGAAAAAUACGUUAGUAGCUGCAGAAGAGCAGGUGAGUGUACCUGAGGAAGAGAAGCCAGUGACAGUAGAAGAGGCUGAGGAAGAGACGCCAGUGACAGCAGAAGAGGCUGAGGAAGAGACGCCAGUGACAGCAGAAGAGGCUGGGGAAGACACCACUAUAAACAAGCCCAUGACUACAGAAGAAGCAGCUGGGUCACAGCAACCAGUACCAGCAGGAGAGGCUGUGGAAGAUGCUUCUGUAGAAAAGAUGCCAGUGGCUGCAAAAGAGGCUGUUGGAGAAGAGAAGCCUGUUGAAGUAGCAGCUCAGGAGGAAAAAAUCAAAGAAGCAGCAGCAAAGCUUAUAGACCAGGCUGCUGAAAAACAGACAGACAGUACAAUAGAAAAAAAAGUAGUGGAGGAAGUGGUUAAAACUUCAGGAGUGACAAUUGAAGAAUUAGCAACAGCUGUUGAGAAAGCUGAAAGCCAGGUAGAGACAGCAAUAGAAAAAAAGCCAGCCAGAGCUAUUGAUGAGAAGGCCAAGAAAAUGGAAACAGAGCAAAUGGUGAUGGACUUGAAAGAGAAAGAAGAGCCCUUGUCUUCAGGAAAAGUAUUGCCUUCAGCUGCAAGUGAAAUUACUGCUGCAGGGGGCACAGAGCCAUCACAGGAAGUUGAAAUGGAAGAAAAAGCUGAAGCUGCUAAGGUAGAAAAGGAGGAAGAAAAGGAUGACGAGAUGGGAGAGGGCGAAGAAACAGAAGGGUCAGAAGACGACGACAAAGAGAAUGACAAAGCAGAAGACGAUAAGGAAAAUGACUCUACAGUUGAAGAGAAGGAGAGUGAAGAAGAUGAAGUUGGAAACCUAGAGCUGGCCUGGGAUAUGCUGGAGCUGGCAAAAGUAAUAUACAAAAGACAGGACACAAAAGAAGCUCAGCUUCAUGCUGCACAGGCUCACCUAAAACUAGGAGAAGUUAGCAUUGAAUCUGAAAACUACAUCCAAGCCAUAGAAGAGUUCCACUCCUGCCUGAUCCUUCAGCAGAAAUAUUUAGAGGCCCAUGACCGUCUGCUUGCAGAAACUCACUACCAUCUUGGAUUGGCCUAUCAUUACAACAAUCAGUAUGAUGAAGCAGUUCUGCAGUUCAGUAAAUCAGUGGAAGUAAUAGAUAAAAGAAUGGUGAUGCUCACUGAGCGGCUAAGAGCAAAAGGAGAAGGAUUAGCUGAAGAUGAGAAGGAAAUUGAAGAACUAAAGGGAUUGCUUCCUGAAAUUAAAGAAAAAAUAGAGGAUUCAAAGGAGUCUCAAAAGAGUGCAAGAGUGGCUGAACUGGCUCUAAAAGCAACUCUGGUUGGUGGAUCAUCUUCUAGUUUUCCCCAGGGAUCUGAAAGCAGUUUGACUUCAACUAAUGCAGUUGGACAAACAGCUGAUGGAGCAUCGCAGUGUAUUACAGACAUCUCCCAUCUUGUUAGAAAAAAGAGGAAACCAGAGGAAGAGGCUCAACAGGGAGACAAUGAAGCUAAGAAAUCUAAACCAGAACCGGCUGUCAAUGGUGGUGGUGAUGCUGCCCCCAGUGGAAAUGAGGUUGCAAAGAAAAUGGAAGAGGAGACAGAAGAGAGGCCACAAAUUGAUACAGUUCAAAGUGCUGUAUGAUAGAUCUUUACUAUUGAACACUCCCUCCCAAGGACAAUGGGUUUUGUAUAUAAUGU